GAACUAGUUAUACCAAAGGUAUACUCAAAUCAGAGACGUAAUCGUAAACAGAACGGUCGACUGGCGUGACUGGUUUACUAAAAGCCGUCUCGAACCACCACGCCCGGCUUGCGCCUUUAGUCGACGCAAUGGCGCUAAGGCCUCAACUCCUGCGCAUAUUAUCCAAUGGAUCUCAAACUCGGCAGUUGCACGAGUUGAACAGAAAGGAGAGGGCAGGCGUCACCAAGUUACGAGAGGUGCUAGAGGACAGACUGCAAGAGAUCAAGAGAGCGAAGACGUGGAAACAUGAACGCGUACUCACUUCACCGCAGGAUACCAAGGUGACAGUACAGGGUACAAAGGGAGAGUUCCUGAACUUCUGCGCGAACAAUUAUCUAGGAUUAUCAAACCAUCCUGAAGUAGUGGAAGCAGCUCGCGAAGGUUUAAAGAAAUAUGGCGCUGGACUGAGCUCUGUCCGGUUUAUAUGCGGGACACAGACUAUACACAAGGAACUAGAAAAUCGUCUCGCCCAGUUCCACGGUCGCGAUGAUGCGAUCCUCUACGGGUCGUGCUUUGACGCGAACGCUGGUCUGUUCGAGUCGAUGCUGACUCCUGAAGAUGCGGUGUUUUCUGACACUCUGAACCACGCCUCAAUCAUAGACGGCGUGAGGCUGUGCAAAGCGCAGAAGUUUCGAUAUCCUCAUAGAGAUCUCAAGGAGUUAGAACACUUGCUGGCUCACAGCGAAGCGAGGCUCAAACUGAUCGUGACAGAUGGAGUUUUCUCCAUGGACGGUACGGUGGCGCCUAUUCAAGGACUGAGAGACUUGGCCGACAAAUACAGAGCGCUACUGGCUGUAGAUGACUCUCACGCUACUGGAUUUUUCGGUGAAACUGGGAGAGGUACAGAAGAGUACUGCGGCUUGAACGGUGCAGCGGACAUCAUCUGUUCCACCCUGGGCAAGGCGGUGAGCGGCGCGGCGGGCGGGUACACCACGGGGCCCAAGGAGCUGGUGACCUUGCUGAGAAACGUCUCCAGACCCUACUUGUUCUCUAAUGCACCUCCACCAGCUAUUGUCACGGCUUCUUUGAAGUCUCUGGACCUGGUGGAAAACAGCGGCGUACUCCGCGAACGCCUCCGUGAGAACACUCGCGUGUUCCGCGAGGGGAUGAAGGCGGCUGGACUGACCGUGGCCGGAGACGAGCAUCCGAUUUGCCCCGUCAUGGUGGGCGAAGCGCCGCUGGCGGUGGACCUGGCUGCCGGAAUGUUGGAGCGCGGUAUAUACGUAGUGGCGUUCAGUUACCCCGUAGUGCCGAAGGGUGGCGCCAGAGUGCGCGUACAGCUCAGCGCGGCGCACACGCUCGAAGACGUCGGCCGAGCCGUGCAAGCCUUUGCCGACGUGGCCAGGAACAUCGGUCUUGUUAAAUCGUGAACUAAUUCAUUGAAAUGAUUGAUAUUUACCUAUAUACUACAUCUAAUUCAUUCGCAUGAUACAUUGACAUACAAUAAAAGGACAAUCGUGUAGAAAAUUUCACUUAAAAUCUGACCAAUUUUGCUUUGACAGUUUUAGAAUUAUUGGUUAAAGGCCUUUAAAUAUAGUCCAAUAUUCAAUAAAAUUUCAAAUUCAGAGCAAAUUCAACCUUAAGGAUUGAGUUUAAGGUUGAAUUUGCAAAUGCGAAUACUUGAAUUGAGUGCCAAGAAAUUGUGUUUGGCUCUCAUUGAGUGGGGACGUUUUUUGGUCGCUGAUUGUGCAUUCACUUUUUAAUAGGAGAUCGAUGGCAAGAUAUUAUGUUGUUGAUAUAUGAGUUAUGCUAACCCUACUGUACUAUGACGUCACAAAGUUAUUACUAUUUUUUGUCUUAUAAACUUCGAGCAAACAUUCGGAUUCACUCAUUCGCUGUGGCAGCCUGCAACAUAUUGUGAAAUCAUUAAUUAUGACGUCUAAUUCGUUUUUCAUUAACAUCAAGCAAGCAGUUGCUUUAAACCAUGAGUUAUGACGUCAUCAAGCUAUAACUACACAUAAUAUAUUGUUUCAUAACUUAAAAUUCAAGCAGGCAUUUGCUCCAAGCAUUGAAAGCGUCAGCUAUGACGUCAUAUUGUUAUUUUUUGUCUUACGCUUCAAACAAGACUUUGGUGACGUAGGAACAAUGAAUUUGUUAAAUCGUGAACUGUAUCUAAUUAUUACAGUUUGUCAUUUUAUGUUACAUAAAAUAAUAAAAUAUAUACAAGCAUUCGCUCACAAAAAAUACAAUUGAAAAUUUUAAUUACUAUUACAAAUACAUAAGUAUUUGAAAGAUGUAUUAUAUUUUUAUAAUUAUCCUAUGUAUUAAAUGUAUAUGGAUGUAUGAUGACGAGAUGAUGAGCAUGUAUCUGAUGUCGGUAUAUUAUGAUAACUGCCCUAUUUGUAAAUAUUUUUUUAAUAAAAAUAAAAUAUAUCAAAAGCG